UUACGAUACAUAUAUCAGAUCGCUCGAAAUCCUUAUUGAUGACUAUAUAUAGAGCAGUGCUAGGGGCACUCGCCUCCCGCACUCUCCGGCCGUCACUCCCCCUUUCAUUGGGCCACGUAAGGUUGUUUAAGCCCGGAACUUCUGCUAGAGAUGUUUGGGAUGCUUUGGCUGCUACGCAUGCACCCCCAGUUGAGGUCAUUGUUGAGCCCCCCCCACGAAAAGGGCCUGGAAAUCUCGCAGAUCCGCAAUAUAAGACCUUAACUGAUGCCAUUUCCAAUGGGGACCUUGGGCAAUUACAGAAGUUCUUUGGAGAAAAUUUGAAUCCAAAAUCUGCAAGAAUAUUUGAAAAUGGGUACACAGCUCUUCAUUUUGCAGUUUAUAAUGAGAAGAGCAUAAUUGUUGAUUACUUGAUCAGGUACAAGUUGUCUGAAAAAGACUUGGAAACAAAAGAUGAUUAUGGGAGCACGGCUCUUUCCAUUGCUGCUCGUUACGGAGUCGGGAAAUCAAUUGCAAAAAGUUUAGUUAGAAUGAACAAAAAAUUGCUCACCAUCUCAGACGACUAUGAAAAGAUCCCGGUUGAAUUGGCCUGCAGCACAAUUCGGGAGGACCUGACACGCUAUCUGUACCGUAAGACUCCACUAGAGUAUCUGGAAGGAGACCGCGGCUUCUACAUCCUUAAAGAGUGCAUAAUAGUGAAGGCCCACGUCAUCAAAGAAGAUAAGCAUCGAUCAUGUGUAGAGAAGAUGCAAGACUUUUUACAGCCAUUUACAGAGGGGUUCGAACGAUGCGUUGGGUUAUGGAGUGAGACGCUUAAACAGAUUCGGCAAGAAUUUGAAGACGAGAAUCAACGGCGGAUUCAAGAGAAUGAAGAGACGAAUCAAGAGAAUCAACAGACGAUUCAAGAGAAUGAAGAGACGAAUCAAGAGAAUCAAGAGAAUCAAUGGCUGAUUCAAGAGACUGAAGAGACGGAUCUAGAGAAUCAACAGACCAUUCAACAGACGAAUCAAGAAACGAAUGGAGAUACUGAAGAAUCAUCAUUCAUAGAAAAAUGCGUGAUUCUAUUAGUACUAAUGGCAUUCGUCAUUAUUGCGUUACCAAUUGCGGUACCAUUUCUUCUAAUUGCGUUUGCAGUCGUAAUCACGCUUGAAAUGCUACUUUCAAUGCUACUGCUCCUUGGUAUAUGGAUCCAAGUGGCUCUACGCCUACUGGCUUCAAUGCUCUCAAGGAUCCUUGCAAAGAAUAUAUACGAUGGAAAGUUGAUGGAUAAGUAUGCCUGUGAGGUUAUAUCUUUAAUAUGUCAGCCAUUAUCAGAUUCAGAAUUAGAUCAGAAACAUUUUGUGCAAAGUGGAGCAGCAGUGAACACAAUCAUCCAUGCUAUCAAGAACGACAUCCCAAUCAUUGUGAAAGAAAUUAUAAAAGCUAAUAAAAAUAUUUUUUGGAGAAGCUUAAAUCUUGAAGAUUCAAGAAACAUGUUUGCUCGGGCUGUAGCACAUCGUCAAGAGGAGGUGGCACACCUUCUUUAUGAAUUUGCAAAGGAGGAUACAAACAUGGUUAUUACCAUAGAUAAAGAUGGAAAUAAUAUAUUACAUCUAGCAGCAAAGUUAGCCCCUCCUUAUCAAUUAGGUCGCAUCUCUGGUUCAGCUUUUCAGUUGCAAAAUGAACUACGUUGGUUCAAGGGGGUAGGAGAAAUUGUUCCACGAUCUUACCGCGAAAACAAAAACAACAAAGGGGAAACUCCUCUGGAAGUAUUUGUUAGAGAACACAAGGAUUUGCUAAAAGAAGCAGAGGAAUGGGGGAAGAGAACAGCACAAUCUUCUACAGUUGUUGGUGCUCUUAUUAUUACAAUUAUGUUUGCAAUGGCUUUUACUGUUCCUGGUGGGAAUGAUCAAAGUACAGGUUUUCCCAUACUUUUGCACAAAACUCCGAUACCGUUUAUGAUAUUUAUGGUAUCAGAUGCCCUUUCUCUUUUUGCUGCAUCCAGUUCAGUGAUAAUAUUUUUGGGGAUUCUGACUGCACAUCAUGCUGCUGAAGAUUACCGCAAAUACUCCCUCGUGAUUUGGGGCCUUACUUUUCUCUUCAUCUCUAUUGCAACAAUGACCAUAGCAUUUUGUGCUGCUCUUUUCAUCAUGCUACAAGGUCGAUUGGUGGUAGUCAUUCUUAUAACUCUGGUUGCUGGUAUUCCUAUCAAAUGGUUCGUGCAGUUGCAAUUUCCUCUUCUGGUCGACAUUUUUUGUUUGACUCUUGGGCCAAACCUUUUUGAUAGGAGGGAAAUGUCGUGGAUGAACAGAAUGAUAAAAGGCGUGGUCGAUUUGUGGAUGUGGAGCGUUGGGCGCUUUAAAUAAAUGAUUUUUUUAAAAAAAAUACAUGCCUGUUGCUUUGAAUAAAUGAUUGUAGUCAUAGAUAUCUGCCUAUGCUUUGACUGUUGGUUAUGGUUGGUUGUUUGAUUGAUUAUACUUAUGUAUUUGCUUCGGAUGUGAUAAACAUUUGGUUCCUAUAUAUAUAUUUUUAAGAUUUCAAACUUUUAAAGUGCUAAAUUCUUCUUUAAU